UGCUGAAAUGUUGCCGCCCAAUGAUCACUUUGUUUGCUCAGAGUUUGCAGUCUGCGUCUGACGGAGGACGAGGAGAAAAGUGCGAGAAAGUGACAGAUUUCUUUAGACUUUUUCUACUUUUUCUUGAACAAGAUGACUCGGUACCACAAAGCGGCGAUCGAUGGAUACUUGGACCUCUUGAAGGAGGCCACAAGGAAAGACCUGAACACUGCGGAUGAGGAUGGCAUGACUCCCACUUUACUGGCUGCUUUCCAUGGACAUGUUGAUGCUCUUCAGCUCAUAUGCAGCAGAGAGUAAGUGUAUUAGACCCUUUAUGUCAUUCGCUGUCUCUAAAGUAACCUAUAGUGAGGUCUGUCUCCAUCUUAUCUCACUGCUCUGGGGUUAUAUGAAAUGGUUUCAUUUCCUUUCAGCUUGGCUGUGGCACUCAUAGACACUAAAUACACAUAUAAACAAUAAUUCAAGAGUAAUAUUUGAGGUCUAACACCUUUAAACUGAUCUUGUGCUCCAUAGAAACAGGUAUUUAUUUACUGAUUGCGGUUUUGUUGUUUUUUUUUAGUUGCGUUUAUGAUGUGACAUUUAACUUUACACUGCUUUCUCUGGUAAACUGGGUCAAAUAUUCAAUCAGCAGCAACUAUCCUGUAAAACAAAGAGCCCUUCAUUUGUCCCCAUAAGCCCCCACCUUCGCCCUUCAUUCAGCACAACAAAAGACAGGCUAAACUGUGGCUCCACGGCCUCACUGGAAAAUCAGAUCUGGGAAAUAUGUUUGGUUGGGUGUAGCUCCUACAUGGCUGGGAUUAUCUGAAACAUUUCUGCUACGCUCAUCACCGACAUGGGUUGAAGUUUUAUGACAAGUUGUCACAGGAAUACGGCAAUCAAGACUUUUAUGGCUGCGGCAAUGAGGCACAGCCCUGGAGGACUUUAAAUCUUAAUAAAUUACCAAUUAUCCUCAGUUAUGUCAGCUAACGCAUAGAAAGGAAAACGAUUUUAUUCUUCAAACUAGAUUUAUUUACCUGCUGCAAAGAGUCAGACUGUUCAUUUAUGUGUUUAACAUGACCAGUGUAGAAGCAGCAGAUAGUUGCUUUAGCACAUAAUAAAAGUUUAAGUCAUAAACCUGCUAAUCUGACUCUAGAUUAAACAAAAUCCACCAGAUUACACCUUCAAAAUAAGGAAGUGAAUGGAAAAGCUUGAGUCUAUUACAUUAAAGCUACUGUGUGGAGACCUUAGCCUGUCAUAAAACAGACUAUAAUGAAUGUUGCUGCUUCUUUAUGACCACUUUAAGCAAACUGGACCAUCAGAAACAGGAGCGAAUGUUUCUGUACAAGUGUUUUAGGAGUCCAAAACCUCAGGCGGACUGGAAGCUAAAAAAGCUGUUUCAAAAUCUUACAUGUAAAAGUUUUCAGUGAGUGUUACUAUAAAGCAGGGUGAGUUUAUGUAUGGGAUAAAAACAGUUAAGAGAGAUGAGGUACCUCUUUGUCUACAGGGGGCGCCAAAAUCACCACAAACCAAAAAUCCCUCACAGGAGCUUUAAUAUGAGAUCGAUUUAAAGAGAAAAGUCACAUUUCUACUGGAGUUUUGCUUUCAUAAACUGCCAUUUUGUUUAUUUCUGUAGAAUAACUUGAAUGUUAGAUUUCUAUUUAGUGCAUGAUUGUUUGAACUGAGUGAAUUAGCAUUUUAAGAUUCGAAUAUGAAAUGAUUUUCUGUAGAUUCACUGUCACAGGCCGACUGAAGUGUCUUCGCUAGUUUGACUCGAUGCUCUCGAAGCUAAGAAAGACAUCAUAAAAACCCAGAAUAAUUUACAUGAACCCUAAACAAACCCAGGCAAAACUAAACUACUCUGCACCCCUCUUAUGAAAAAGUAUCAGUCCAGUGAUGGUACAGAGUUUCAGAUGUUAACUUCAAGCUUUCUCUUCUGUUUCCCAGAGGAGACCCCAACAGGAGUGACAUCUGGGGGAACACACCUUUGCACCUCGCUGCGGCGAAUGGCCACAUGCACAUCCUCAGCUUCCUCGUCAACUUCGGUGCCAAUCUCUUCGCUCUUGACAACGAUUUCCACACGGCGAUGGAUGUGGCUGCCUCUCGGGACCGCAUGGACUGUGUUCGCUUCCUAGACGCCGCUGCUUCAGCGCAGACAAACAAAAACCCAAAGAAGGUCGCCAAUGUGAAGAAGGAGGCGGUCAAAGAAGCAGAGAAGAGAGUGAAACUCUGCGAUAAGGUGAAGAAGAAGCACCAGAGUAAGAUGGAUAAAAUGCAGCGGGGAGCGGGGAGUACUGGGUCAGUAUCAGAGGCUAGCAUGGCGUCUGGAUCCUUCGAUGGUGGCACCAUUAACAGCGUCAACGAGCAGUACUCUAAGCUCAUUGCUGUUGAAAAGUCCGGCUCUCUGACAGCCAGGAUGAAAGGCACACUGCAGAGGCUCGGGAAGAAAGACAAAGGCACACUGCAGGGAUCAGGAAGGAACGGAAAUGUUGUUUUCCUCAAACCGGAGGGCGGAGCCUCUGAACAACCAGAGUUUCUCGAUGUCUUUAAUGAGCAAGAGGAGGGCAUGCUAGACGAUGAUGAUGAAGAACCAGGCCAGGUCAAACAGUCUAUCUUCAACCGGCCCGGCCUUGGUGGUCUGAUUUUCAUGAAUCACAUGGGCCUGGAGUCAGAUGACGUCCCUGGUGGGGGUAAUGAGAGUCUGGGCUUCCUCGUUCAGAAUGAGUCAUUUGGAGAUGAGGAGGAUGCAGGCGACCUGGAGGGGAAUGAUGACGCUGAUCUGCCCUGGGACCAAGAAGAUAUAGGACUGGAUGAUGAUGAAGAUGAGGAAACCUCUCCUUUGGAUGCAUUCUUGUCCUCCAUCUCCUUGCCAGAGUUUUCCCUUGCAUUCAGCAGAGAGCACCUGGACCUGGAGGCGCUGAUGCUCUGCUCUGACGAAGACCUGAAAGGCAUUCGCAUCCAGCUGGGACCCAGGAAGAAGAUCUUGGAGGCCGCUGCUCGAAGAAAAGCCGCCCUGGAGGACCCUGGCAUCAUGAAGGACAGCAGCUUGUGA